GCACAUACCCGCACGCAAAUGGUUCUAGAUUUCGUCUUGAAAGGGAACCAUGAAAAUUAGUUGGUUCCAAACCCUGGACGUGCAAACAAGACAUCACGGAGAAUGUUGGGCCUCGAUUUCCUCACUUUGCUUGUAUUAAUCUUGGAGAUAAAUGGACUGGAUGGAUCGUCACUGAAAUGCUUUGAGGAAAAUCCCUCGAGGUUCUCGGGAAGAAAAAUCUCCUACUGUGCCUAUUUCCCUGUUCAAAAUCCAAAGGUGUGUUAUAUGAAGACACCUUUGUCUGAAAUCGGUGAUGUGGAUCGAGGAUGCGACUUCUUGUCGAACCUGGGAGAUUUUGAUGCCGACGAUUUGAAUUCAAGUGGAGCUCCGCAAUGCUCCAAAGUGAGUUCCACUGAAGGCGACGGCCAAGAGCAUGAAGUGUGUAUUUGCAACAAUUCUCUAUGCAACUACAGCAACGGAGCGGAAAAACAAGAGCUUUUCGACGCUCGGCCAGCCUCCUCACCGGAUAAGGGAGCCACGCCCUUAAGAGAAAUACCUGACCCUCUCGUGACCACAAAAAAUCCUACCCAAAUCCCCACCACACCCUCGACUCCAUUUAUUGAAUCCUCGAGCACAACCCUUGAGCCUUUCCUGUUUGGCGCUGGCUUUCCUACCACUCGGUUGGGGAGGCGGGUCCAAUCCCCUUCUCCAGACCGAUCACGCCCACCCCCUUUGGUACGUCUUGCCACCACUAGGACUCCGCCCCCCUUGGUCACACCCCAUUUAAGUGCCUUACCCGAAGCAGAGGAAGGGGAGGGGGAAUUUGGUGGUCCUAAUUCGCUCUCUCUUCUUCGUUCCAAGGGCUGUUCCAAUUUUGUGCCCUUCACCAUCGUCCUUCAUGCCUUCCAUCAAAUGGGCCUACAAAUCACCUUCUAAAUCCGGAUUAUCGCAGCCAAACCAGCGACGAAUACUCGUGGGAAAGACCAAAACGAAUCUUCAUUAAACAUAUGGAAUAAAAGUAACUUUUUUUCUCGCUUA